AUGUCAGCCAAGUUGCUGUAUAAUUGGCAUUUCAAGGCAGGAACAACGACUAUAAGUGACAAGGGCAAUAACACGCGAUCACGAGCUCCUGAAGACGACAAAUCACUGCAUGUGGAGACUGGCGAGAAUGUGGAGAACGUGGAGACUGGCGCGGAAGUGGAGAACGUGGAGAAUGGCGCGGAAGUGGAUAGUAACAAGAACGUGGAGAGCGCGGAAGAUGGCGAGAUAGUGGAGAAAAUCACGCGGAUGAAAUACCUGCAAGUUUUCGUUGGAGCUACAGAACUUUCCACUGUACGCACGGUGCCUCACAAAAUUCGCGUUCUACUGGCCAACGCAAUCGCAAAGCCCGAUACUAAUCACACCCACUCCCAUCUCAACACGCGUGCAGAUGCUCCAUCAUACAUGACAACUAAAACGUCGCUGAUUGAUGAACAAGAUCGCGAAGAUCUCAAGGAGCUUGCCGAUGCCCGAGCCUCAUCCAAGCAAAUUACCGACUUCCUGAACGACCGGAUUGGUGAGAAAGCUUAA